GCAUCUCUUCUCGAGUACUCCACCAUCCCGACCAACAUUGGUAAAAUACCUUCUGGGCUCCUCAAUAUCAGACAAGAGAUCUCAAACUUCUGCAGGAUAAGUUGUGAAUUACGGUUAGAGUUACGAUAAUGACUUGAAAGUCUUGUCCGGCUUUCAAGAAUAUCUCCAAAACCUUUGCGCCGCCCUCCCGCCACAAAGGCUACCUCCACAAACAUAAGGAAUUUAUCCAAUCUAUUUAUCUAGACAUACUGUCAUCAUGGAAAACGCUUUCGCCCACUUUGGGAACCACCUCAUAUCCGAUUCUGCUGCAGCAAUCAACGCCGGUGCUGAUGAUCUCUCAAACAUUGAUCCUGAUGAUAACUUGUUAUAUGGACAAUACGGAGGUCAUGGUGGUUUGGGAUCCAGCAGACGAAGAAGCGAUGAUGAUGACAACGAGACUGAAGUAUUCGAUGAAGAUGAUAACGAGAGUCUUGCAAGUGUUCCAGUCGAUGGCAUGAAAAAUCUUGGGCUUCGAGGUCUUGAGGAUGAGAAGGAACUGCCAGCACACGCAUGCGCAUAUUGUGGAAUUCACUCUCCAAGCUGUGUGGUUAAGUGCUUGGGAUGCAACAAAUGGUUCUGCAGUGCCCGGGGAAACGCUACAUCUUCUCAUAUUGUCAAUCACCUUGUUCGCGCAAGACACAAGGAAGUUCAAUUGCACCCAAUGUCGACCCUCGGAGAUACUGUACUGGAAUGCUACAACUGCGGUAUAAAAAAUGUUUUCCUCCUCGGCUUCAUUCCUGCGAAAUCGGAUACAGUCGUGGUUCUUUUAUGCCGUCAACCUUGCGCCUCUGCUCCAUCUUCGAAGGAUAUGAGCUGGGAUGUGUCAAAAUGGCAACCGUUGAUUGAGGAUCGUUCCUUUUUGUCUUGGCUUGUCUCUCUUCCAACGGACGCAGAACAGCUUCGCGCCCGACAUCUCACGCCGCCAAUGAUCGCGAAGUUGGAGGAGAUGUGGAAGGAUAAUGCUAACGCUACCCUUUCCGAUUUGGAAAAGGCUGCUGGAAUUGAUGAUGAUCCAGCCCCUGUCCUUCUUAAAUACGAUGAUGCCUAUCAAUAUCAAAACGUAUUCGGACCUCUGGUCAAGAUUGAGGCAGAUUACGACCGCAAGCUUAAGGAAGCCCAAUCUGAAGAUGGUUUAAUUAUUCGUUGGGAUUAUGGUUUGAAUAACAAACAUUUGGCCAGUUUCAUUCUUCCAAAGAUAGAGCUUGGCGAUGUAAAGCUCGCUGUAGGCGAUGAAAUGCGACUCAAGUACAAAGGCGAGCUACGACCUGUCUGGGAGGGUGUUGGAUAUGUGGUCAAAAUUCCAAAUAAUCAAUCUGAUGAAGUUACCAUCGAACUCCGAAAAGUUGGCAACGAUAAAUCAGUCCCAACGGAAUGCACCCACAAUUUUUCUGCCGAUUAUGUCUGGAAGGCAACAUCUUACGACCGCAUGCAGUUCGCCAUGAAGACCUUCGCUGUAGACGAAAUGAGUGUAUCAGGAUACAUUUUCCACAAACUUCUUGGUCACGAGGUAGCUGCGGCUCCAAUGAAAAUUCAAAUGCCUAAGAAAUUCAGUGUUCCUGGUCUACCAGAAUUGAACAGCAGUCAAAUCAGCGCCGUCAAGAGCGUAUUACAAAAGCCUUUGAGUCUCAUUCAAGGACCUCCGGGAACUGGAAAGACAGUCACAUCUGCUACAGUCAUUUAUCAUUUGGCUAAGGUCAAUGGUGGCCAAGUUCUUGUAUGUGCUCCUUCUAACGUCGCCGUCGAUCAACUUUGUGAGCGUAUACAUCGAACUCAACUCAAAGUUGUUCGUCUUACGGCUAAGUCCCGGGAAGAUGUCGAGUCAUCUGUUGGCUUCCUCUCUUUGCAUGAGCAGGUCCGCAUGAAUGAUAGCAAUCACGAACUGGCCAAACUUACUCAGUUGAAGAGCGAGCUGGGAGAAUUGUCAAGUCAAGAUGAGAAGAAGUUCAAGGCAUUGACAAGAGCUGCUGAACGUGAGAUUUUGAGCAACGCUGAUGUUAUUUGCUGUACUUGUGUUGGAGCCGGAGACCCAAGACUUGCCAAGAUGAAAUUCAGAACAGUCCUUAUCGACGAAUCUACUCAAUCCGCAGAACCAGAAUGCAUGAUUCCACUUGUUCUGGGAUGCAAACAAGUGGUUUUAGUUGGAGAUCAUCAACAAUUGGGACCUGUCAUCAUGAACAAGAAGGCAGCAAAGGCAGGUCUGAACCAGUCACUCUUCGAGCGUUUAGUCCACCUCGGCCUCAACCCUAUCCGACUUAACGUUCAGUAUCGUAUGCAUCCAUGUCUUUCUGAAUUUCCGUCUAACAUGUUCUACGAUGGUUCUCUACAAAACGGUGUCACGAUGCAACAACGACUUCGUCGUGACGUUGAUUUCCCUUGGCCUGUAGCCGACACACCCAUGAUGUUCUGGUCCAAUCUUGGUAAUGAGGAAAUUUCUGCUUCGGGUACUUCUUAUCUCAACAGGACUGAAGCCUCAAAUGUUGAGAAGAUUGUCACUCGAUUUUUCAAAGCUGGAGUACUACCUGGAGAUAUUGGCGUUAUCACUCCAUAUGAAGGUCAACGCAGUUAUGUUGUGACAUCUAUGCAAAAUGCGGGUUCUUUUAAGAAAGAGCACUACAAGGAGGUUGAGGUUGCUUCUGUGGAUGCCUUCCAAGGACGAGAGAAAGAUUUCAUCAUUCUCUCUUGUGUAAGAUCCAACGACCAUCAAGGUAUUGGUUUCUUGAGUGAUCCUAGACGUCUCAAUGUAGCUUUGACGCGUGCCAAGUACGGUCUUGUCAUUGUUGGUAAUCCAAAGGUUUUGUCAAAGCAUCCUCUAUGGCAUUACCUGUUACAGCAUUUUAAGGAACGUAGCUGUCUUGUUGAAGGUCCACUUUCAAACUUGCAAACAUCGCUUCUACAAUUUAGUCGUCCAAAGACAACUUACCGUGGCCCACAACGUUAUCAAAUGGGACUGUCCCACAAUGGCCGAAAUGGCAAUAACAAAGCCCCCCCACUACAGGAUUUCACUGACACUGGCUCGAUGAUGAGUUCUGCUUUGGAUGAUGUUUCUUCGGUUCACUCAUCCCAUCUCGGCGGCGUAGGGGUCGGAUCCGCUUACCCUGCCGGCUUUGGUAACUUCCCUCUCACAGGCCUUGACAACUGGCCUGGUCUUGAUUCACGAGGCCCACGCGCCAAUGGCCAAAAGGGUCGUGGGCAUGGACCUGAGAGCAUAGCUGGAGAAUCCGUUGCCGCCAGUGAGUUCACUGAUGUCACAAGCAGUAGUGUUACAGAUGGCAGAGGCAUUGGCCAGGGAGGUGUCAGCCUCGGUGUUAGUGUUCACGAAGGACAAAAACAAACUAGUUUGAGUCAAUCUGACCGCUUGAAGCGAUAUGUCGAAUCAGGUGGCCGCAUUGCUGAUUACAAAACUGGCGAUGCUGGCAGUGUCUUUGGCACGAGCUCUCUACUAAGUGGUCGUCGUUUUGAUGAUGAUGAAAAGAGUGUUUCUACUGCAUUCGCAAGCCAGAUCGGAGGAGGUUAUGAUUGAUUCUACAUUGACAAGGUCCAUUCUCAUAGGACAUCAUAAUCAUGAUAUACUAAGGAUAUUCCUUCCGGAUCAACAGAUGGCUCUUCGCUGCUCUGUGCGGCCAGCAACCAGUAUCGAAUCUCAUCGAUCUAUCCUUCAUCGAUAACCGACCUUCCAAGUUCCGUACCUACAAAUUUAGGGCGUGAGCAUCUAUACAUAUAUCACAUGUAGAGAGGUUUUUACUGCAAGCAUGAGAUGCCAACCCACCAGACUGCUAAAGUGUCGAAGGAGAGAAGAUGAGAGUGGUGCCAAAUUUAGAUUGUUUAUGGGCCGUAGGGAGAUUGCUUUAUAGGGGAGAGGAUAUUUUGACUGUGGCUGAUGUGCUUGUUCUAAACGAGAGACAGAAAAUCUUUUGAUGAAAACCAUCAUCAGCAUUAGCUUUGGUUUAUGACCAUACAUGUAAAUAAGACAGAUACUGGCACAUUUGCAGUACCUUAAAAUUUCAACGCCUUGCUAGCAAAAUCUUACCUGAAAGUGAUAAUGUGAGAAAUGUCUUUCAUCUUGACUGCUCACUCCAAGUCCCAUAGGAGGAGACCCUU